CGCCCCCAGCCCCUGCUCUUCCCAGACCCCGCCGUGGGAGCGCCGCGACCCCUUCCCGGCUCUCCUCGCGCCGUGCGCAGCGCGCCCUCGCGGUGACCCGCUGUGCGUGGGGUCAAGGCGCGGGGCGGAGCGGCUGGGCGGGCGCCAUGCGGAGGGGUGAGCGCAGAGGCGCCGGGGGACCGCGGCCGGGGUCCCCAGUGCCGUCUGGCAAGGCCUCGCUGGAGGAGCCGCCCGACGGCGCGCCUGCUGGCCGAGCAAGCGGGCAGGACGCGGGCCGACGCAGCACGGAGUCCGAGGUCUACGACGACGGCACCAACACCUUUUUCUGGCGGGCCCACACCCUCACUGUGCUCUUCAUCCUCACCUGCGUGCUGGGCUACGUGACGCUGCUGGAGGAGACGCCUCGCGACACGGCCUAUAACACCAAGAGAGGUAUUGUGGCCAGUAUUUUGGUUUUCUUAUGUUUUGGAGUCACACAAGCUAAAGACGGGCCAUUUUCCAGACCUCAUCCAGCGUACUGGAGGUUCUGGCUCUGCGUCAGCGUGGUCUACGAGCUGUUUCUCAUCUUCAUACUCUUCCAGCAGCGUGUGGCCCCACUGACCAGGGCACUGGCCUUGCAGACUGUCCAGGACGGCCGCCAGUUCCUGAAGUAUGUGGACCCCAGGCUGGGAGUCCCAUUGCCGGAGAGGGACUACGGGGGAAACUGCCUCAUCUACGAUGCAGACAACGCGAGUGACCCCUUCCACAACGUCUGGGACAAGCUGGAUGGCUUUGUGCCUGCGCACUUUCUUGGCUGGUACCUGAAGACCCUGAUGAUCCGCGACUGGUGGAUGUGCACGAUCGUGAGCGUGAUGUUCGAGUUCCUCGAGUACAGCCUGGAGCACCAGCUGCCCAACUUCAGCGAGUGCUGGUGGGACCACUGGAUCAUGGAUGUGCUCGUUUGCAAUGGGCUGGGCAUCUACUGCGGCAUGAAGACUCUUGAGUGGCUGUCUUUGAAGACAUACAAGUGGCAGGGUCUCUGGAACAUUCCAACCUACAAGGGCAAGAUGAAGAGGAUCGCCUUCCAGUUCACGCCGUACAGCUGGGUCCGCUUCGAGUGGAAGCCCGCCUCCAGCCUGCGCCGCUGGCUGGCCGUGUGCGGCAUCAUCCUGGUGUUUCUGUUGGCAGAAUUGAACACGUUCUACCUGAAGUUCGUGCUGUGGAUGCCCCCCGAGCACUACCUGGUCCUCCUGCGGCUGGUCUUCUUCGUGAAUGUGGGCGGUGUGGCCAUGCGGGAGAUCUACGACUUCAUGGAUGACCCGAAGCCCCACAAGAAGCUAGGCCAGCAGGCCUGGCUGGUGGCGGCCAUCACGGUCACAGAGCUGCUCAUCGUCGCGAAGUACGACCCGCAUACGCUCACGCUGUCCCUGCCCUUCUACAUCUCCCAGUGCUGGACGCUCGGCUCUGUGCUCGUGCUCACCUGGACCGUCUGGCGCUUCUUCUUGCGGGACAUCACCCUGAGGUACAAGGAGACCCGGCGGCAGAAGCAGCAGAGCAGGGGUGACCAGGGCAGAGCUAUGGGCGACACGGAUGGACACCUGCCUGGGCCGGAAGACCCCCCAGGGCCUGCAGAGCCCGAGAGGGAGGGGGUGCCAGCCCCAAACUGAUGCACCUCACAACUGCCCAGAGCCCAGGCCUGCUGGAACCUUCUGACAGGCCUCAGCCCUUGCAGUUUUAUUUUCCCUUUCUCCCAUGCACAUGGCUGGGCUCUGCAGGGUACAGGUGCCCUCUGACCCAGGCGCGUGCAUGUGUGCGUGCGUGUGUGUGUGUGUGGUGUGCACACGUGUGCUCCCGGGCCUGACCAGUGUGGCUGGGCUUGCUCUGGGCAGCCGGUGCCCUCCCCUGUUGCACCGUCAGCCUGCCGGCCUCUGGGCCGCAUGAGCCCUCAGCACCCAGACGGCCCCGGCCCAGCAGAGGCGUCACCGUGCCUUCCUCUGCCCCGUGGGCCCCCGGCCACUCAGAAGCCCCGACGGCACCUCACUGGAUCCCCAUCUGCUCCCUGACGGCACAUGUGAAGGACGGCCAUCCGACGGCCCCCCGAGAUGGCGGAGAAGGGGCAGGUCUAAGCAGGCAGCCCUGAGCCGUUUCCUGGGGAGGCUUCAUCUGACCCAGCAAACCUGGGGGUGUGAACGGGGCCGGAGGUCACUGGAUUGGCCCCUUGAGGAACAUGGAGUCGGAAACUCAAAGGCCUUGUGCCUGAGGUCGGGAGGAGGGGUAGAGGGUCCUCUUCAAGAGCAAACAGAACAAGUAAAGCAGUGGUACAGGUCCCUUAGCAGCUCCUGCCCCUGGGGAUCAUGUGCCCAACGCAGGUGUUGCCCAGGGGGUGGGGGGCAGGCAGGAGCUGCUCGGCCUGGGCAGAUGUGCAGAGGGCCGGCCCCCGGGAGCUGCUUCUGGGGGUCGUGACGGAGGCCGCCGCACGAAUCCAGUGGGGGAGCCCUAAGAGAAGCGCCGCGCUGUGACAUUGACAGUGGGCCUGGUGGGGACCCAACAAGAAGGACAAGCACUCCUGCCAAAAAAAGUGCUUUAAUAAAGCGUCUCAAACUCUCCUGCAGAA